GCCCGGCCAGCCCUUGUCCCCGCCCCGGCCUCCUCCUCCUCCUCCUCCUCCUCCCGCCGCCAUGUGGGGCCGGCGGGGGCGCUGGGCCGGGCGCGGCGGCGCGGAGGAGCUGCGGGCCCGGCGGCGGGAGCGAGAGGCAGCUCUCAGGAGAGCCCGGCGGCAGGAGCAGCUGGUCAGCAAGCGGCUCCUGCGGGAGGACAGCGCGGCAGAGGAGCGUGGACGGGAUGGCGCAGAGAUCGUGCCGGACCCUCUCUCGGAGGACGAGGUUCUUGAGCUGCUCAGAGGCGUGCAGAGAGGUUCAGAGGACAGGAAAAGAUCGCUCAGCCGCCUCCGCCACGCUCUGCAGAACAAGGACACUCAGCAGAAGUUUGUCAGGCUGGUCGGCAGCAUCCGGACGCUCGUGGGGCUCUUCACCAGCAGCCUGGCUGACGUGCAGAUGGAGGCCGCGCGCUGCCUGCACGAGCUGUCCCACUCCAGCGACCCCGCUGUGGCCGAGGCCUGUCUGCCAGUGACCUCCUAUCUCCUCACCUACCUCUCGGGACACAGCGUUGAGUUCACAGAGCUGUGUUUGUACACGCUGGGGAACCUGGUGGUGGAAAGCGAAGCUGUGAGGAAGCAGCUUCUGCCUCAGGGCAUCAUUCCGGUGCUGGCGUCCUGCAUCCAGUCCCCGCACGAGGCGGUGCUGGAGGGUCUGGGUUACGUCCUCUCGCAGCUGCUCCAAGCCAAGGAGGCCCCCACAGAGAUCGUACCCUUGGUCCUGGACUCUGUGCUCCCCCAGCACAUGCUGCGACUGGUUUGUUCUGGUCUCAAGGCUGGGACAGGAGCAGCCGUGGAGUUUGCGUGGUGUCUCCACUACAUCGUUUGUAGCCACAUAGCCGAUGCGGCACUGCUGUCCCUGGGCACCCUGCCUGCCCUCACCACGCUCCUGCUCGACCUGGCUUCCGAAAUCCCCCUGGAUGCUCCCGAGGGCCUGGAGCUGCUCGUCUGCCCAGUGCUGCGGUGCCUCAGCAACCUGCUGGCGGGGGACACGGGCUGCCAAGGCCAGAUCCGGGACGAGCGCCUGCUGGUCGCCCUCUUCCUCAUCCUGCAGAGCUUCCUCCAGCAACAUCCCUUCAUUGUCCAGGAGGGUCUGUGGCUGCUCAACAACCUCACAGCAGACGAGCCCUUCUUCUGCUCUGCGCUGCUCGCCCUGGACUUGCUCCCGGCCCUGCUGCAGCUCCUGCCGUGCUCCCCGAUGGCCGCUGAGUUGGUCCUGACGGUUCUGUGCAAUAUCGCAGAGAAGGGCCCAGCCCUGUGCCGGCAGCUGCACCAGGCUCUGCCCCUGCUGCUGCCCGCGCUGGCACUGCCCGACCCCCAGGCCGUGGGGCAGGGCCUGGAGCUGCUGCACCUCCUCUUCCUGCACUGCCCGGAGGUGGCUGCCGAUUUCAUCAGGCAAGGCGGGCAGCAGGCCCUGGAGCAGCACCAGAGCAGUCCAGUGCUCCAGGAGCGGGCGCGAGCACUGCUGGACAUGGCCAGGCAGCCCCCGGGAGCAUCUGCCACCGGUCCCGGCCACAGCACAGUGUCUGCCUUCCCCUAGGCCUCCCGGGGGAGCAAAGCGUUUGUUCCCUGUGUCCAGCUUUCCGAGGGCUGCUCAGGGCUCUGACCGCCAGCAGCAGCGCGCAGGCUGCCCCACGCGUCCCCGGAGCUCGGUGCGGCCGCAGAGCCGAGCUGCAGCCGGGCCACGGUGCUGGGCGUUGGUGGUGAACAAACCUGCCGUAUCAGCCCCUCCCUCAGCAGCUACUUUGGGCGUUAAACCCAACACACGAAGCCCAGGGUAAGCACGUUGCAUUUAUACAAUUGAUAAGUUAAAGAGACACGUUACACAGUAAAGAUCAUCAGUCAUGUCUUCAGCACA